UACACUUUCGGCACUUUGUUUAGAGAGUCUUUUGUUCGCUUCCGUGACGGACGUGAUUUCUGUAACUGUACGCAUAUUUCUGUAACUGUACGCAUAUUUUUUGAUCGUGGGGACUGCGUACGCGUUGUCCCUGUUUUUCUGAUAUCUUCAUAAUCGUUGACUGGCGUAUAGGGGAUAGAGUGUAACAGCUCUGCCCAGAGACAUUUAUUGAACCAGAAUCAGAACCAGGCACUUUGUUUACUUCCUCUCGUAAAAUGUGAUGUGAUUAUUUUUGUAGGAAAUACUGAAAGAUAAUACAUGAAAUUGUAAUUAACGGUAAUACAUCGCAGUGUAUUGCCUUCGAAAAGCUUUAUCAUAGCUUUCUGUUCUCUCAAAAGUUUUUACAAUGAGUGAAAAUCAGGACAAUGAGCCUCCAGUAAAGAGGUACAGAAGAGAGGAGGAGGAAGACAGCCUUGUAGAUACAGAUGAUGAAUAUGUGCCAUAUAUACCUGUUAAACAUCGUAAGAAGCAAUUGCUCACAAAGUUGGGUAAACUUGGACAAUUGAAAGAGGAAGGCACUAAUGCCCUUGGAAAGAGCAGUAGUGAGAAUGAGAAAGAUGAUGCGGAUAAUGACGAUGGACAAGUAUGGGGAAGGAAGUCUAAUAUUUCUCUUUUGGAUCAACAUACUGAACUAAAAAAAUUGGCUGAAGCCAAAAAGGAGAGUGCUAUGGAAAAGCAAUUAAAGGAAGAAGAAAAAAUUUUGGAGAGUGUUGCUGAAAAUAAAGCUCUGAUGGGUGUAGCUGAAUUGGCAAAAGGUAUCCAGUACAAGGACCCCAUCAAAACUAGUUGGCACCCACCAAGAGUAAUACUCCAUCUAGGAGAAAUACGUCAUGAGAAAGUACGAAGAAAGCUCAGGAUACUUGUGGAGGGUGACGAAGUACCACCACCCUUGAAAAGUUUUAAGGAAAUGAAAUUCCACAGAGGAAUCUUAUAUGGAUUGGAACAGAAAGGAAUUAUCAAGCCAACUCCUAUUCAAGUCCAAGGGAUACCUACAGUAUUGUCUGGUCGUGACAUGAUUGGCAUAGCUUCUACUGGUAGUGGUAAAACAUUGGUGUUUGUUUUACCUAUUAUUGAAUUUUGCCUGGAACAAGAGUUGGAUAUGCCGUUUAUCAAAAAGGAGGGACCUUAUGGUUUGAUAAUAUGUCCUUCCAGAGAAUUGGCUAAACAAACGUAUGACAUAAUUCGGCACUAUACCAACAGCUUACGGCAAGCAGACUGUCCAGAGAUACGUAGCUGCUUGGCGAUCGGAGGUGUACCGGUUUCGGAGUCAUUGGUGAUAAUUAACAAAGGAGUACAUAUAAUGGUAGCGACGCCAGGCCGACUGAUGGAUAUGUUACACAAGAAGAUGGUUACCUUGAGCGUAUGUCGUUAUCUUUGUAUGGACGAAGCGGAUCGUAUGAUAGACAUGGGUUUCGAGGAAGAUGUGCGAACGAUAUUUUCCUUUUUCAGGGGUCAAAGGCAGACACUGUUGUUUUCUGCUACUAUGCCGAAGAGAAUUCAAAAUUUCGCACGUUCGGCGUUGGUAAAGCCUGUGACAAUAAAUGUCGGACGUGCCGGCGCCGCUUCGAUGAACGUGAUACAGGAAGUCGAGUACGUCAAGCAGGAGGCUAAAAUUGUUUAUCUCCUGGAGUGUCUCCAAAAGACCGCGCCACCGGUGUUGAUAUUCGCGGAGAAGAAGCGCGAUGUGGAUGCUAUUCACGAGUAUCUGCUCAUAAAAGGAGUAGAAGCUGUUGCAAUACACGGAGGCAUAGAUCAGGAAGAGAGAUCACGCUCCGUCGAGGCAUUUCGCGGAGGUCGGAAGGACGUGCUGGUUGCGACGGACGUUGCGUCCAAAGGUCUUGAUUUUGCUGAUGUGCAACACGUGAUUAAUUACGAUAUGCCGGAUGACGUGGAGAAUUACGUUCACAGGAUAGGACGUACCGGUCGCUCCGGGCGUACCGGCAUCGCGACGACUUUUAUCAAUAAGGCGAACGACGAGUCUGUGUUGCUUGACCUCAAGCAUCUGUUGAUGGAGGCGAAGCAGAAGGUGCCGCCGUUCUUGUUGGAACUUUGCUCGGAGAAUGAAAAGUAUCUCAAUCUGGGAGACGAGCGUGGUUGCAGUUAUUGCGGCGGUCUCGGUCACAGGAUCACAGAGUGUCCGAAACUGGAAGCCGUUCAGAAUAAGCAAGCAUCAAAUAUCGGGCGUCGUGAUUAUCUGGCUAGCAACGCGGCGGAUUACUAACUUUUAAGAUACUUUUUUAAUAAGUGCGUAUUGUACAUAUGUAUAUAUAUACAAAGAUUUAUUUGUACGAAUUGAGUUACUAUAAGAACAAAAUAUAUAUAAAGGAGUAAGAGAUGUGACACACACAUAAAAUUGUAACGUUAUAUUUGGUAUGU